AUGCAUUUUCUCAUUGUUCUUCCAGCUCUUUUCGUCGUCGCCCAGUGUCAACAUCAUGUCGAAGAAUCGAUAAAUCUCGAGCCUAGUAAUUUCUUUUCGAGAGGCAACGUGCCAACCAUCUACUAUCCAGUAGUUACUAGCAAAAAACCGCAAAAAUUAACGUGCCUUGAACAUACUUUAGCUAGUCAAAUUGAAGAAGAUCAGAGAAGAAAUCCGCUGAUGUUCAAGUUUGAGCUCAAUACUUUCAAGGUUUAA